CUUAUCAAAAACAUUAUCAAAAAUGAUAAUGGUGUGUAUGCUAUUUACACAGAAUUUUCCCGGCAGUCUCCAUUCCAUACCUACCCCUUCAACUUUGACAGAAUGAACAUAUUUUUUGUAAAUGAUCCAUCUGUUGAGCUGAAGUUGGUUGAGGUGUCAGCGCUGCGACAGAAAUGUGUAGCCUUGCCGUACAGGGAUGGUUUCGUGGCCAUACCCCUCCUCCACUAAAUGAAACAAAAAAACUACAAAAAAAAGUUCAAGUUCAAAUCCGUUAAAACAAUCAGUUAGGAGUUCAAAGCUGUUCAAUUAAUCAGUUUAAACAAUCAGUUCAAGUUACAAACUCUAAUACUAUAGUUGACUACCGACUUAUGACUAUGACUUCCAGUACUCUGGAUGGAGAAUAGCUGUAAGUAUUAUACGAAAGUUGGUAUUAUUCCAUGCACUACACCUAUAAUUUCAAGCUGAAGUUCUGAAAAUUAUGACCUGUACUUUUACCUUUCUUAUAGUUCAUACCACCUUGGAGCACCAUUCAGGAUGCCUUUUCAUCUGAUAAAGUUUCGAAUGAACGGGGACGUUGCGGUGGUCCCAACUGGAUGGUACUAUGAUGGGAUUGUUUUCUGGCCCACCUAUAAAAACACUGACCGAAUUAAAAAGGCCGCUUUAAAUGAGGAGCAGCAUGAGCCAAACUGGCCAAAAUUUGAUGCUUCUGUUGUCCGAACUUGUGACAACUACAAAGACGCAUUAAAAAUAAUGCAGCAAUAUGAAAAGGGCUGCGACACCUCAGACCUGCUAUCUGAGGCAGAGAAUAAGGAGCUGCCAGAAAAAAGGAGCAGGAAGGCAGUCCAUCGUCUCGGGGACUCUGAUGACAGCGAGGAAGACCCGGGAAAUAGUGACCGCGCGUCGGCAAGCCAAUUGCACAGGCAGACUCCACCGUCUCGCCGAGUGCCAGCAGUCAUGAGUACACAAGGAACGGCAGUCCCUCCUCAACUCCCUCCACCCCCCGCACCAGCAGCCCUCAACAUGUGGCAGACUCAGGAGCCUCAUGCAUCCAGUCUGGCCUACAGGCCAACAUGGCGAGGGGGAAGAAUGGCCGACUACAUCUCCUGCUCUGCGCCUGAGAUGAGCCACCUCUUUAGCCUGCUGGAACAUAUGAAGCAGAACCAAAAACAGCUGAUUUUGAAGGUAAACUUCCUAACCAGCAGGUCGCAGAUUCACCCAGGGCCAGAAGUUGAAAUGCCGGCCAAUGUCCAGUUUCCACUGGAACUGUUGGAGGCAGUGGAGGCAUUUGAAGCAUUUUUGAUAGAACCAUCAAAUGCCCCAGCGCGACAAAGAGUGGUGAGGUUUCUUCCUAAUAUGAAUGUCCAUGAUUAUGCAAAUAUUCUACUGAAUCGGCCCUGACAACCAGGCCUGUCCUGAACCGCCUUUUCCCAGUGGUAAGAUUAUGUCAGUGAGCCACAAUCGGCCUGGUUUGACAUUGUGUGUAAAGGUAGCAUAGGUCCAUGAGCCAAGAAAACAUGCAGGUUCUUUUUUUUUGCAUUUCUGGACGCUUUCAACAGGAACAAAAACAUUUUAAAUGCAAUUUAAGCUUACCUGUUUGUUUAAAGAGAUGUCUUUGCCUUUUAGAUUUCUUCUUUGGCCACCGUUGGAGGCCAGGAUGUGAAG